UCUUCGGCAAUUAUGUGUCUUACUUAUUAGGGUUCACCUUGGCGAACGUAUCAACAGCUUCAACAGGUGUAUCUGCCAGCACUGAUGGCCAUACGCUCGCACUUGUGUGCACACAUACAGGUGUGUGUGUGUGUUUGGCAAGCGGUUGCGGUUGUGUGGGCCUGGCUCACCUGUUCGGGCCUUCAGGAGCAAAAUCACACGGUCUGGAAAGAGUUUCGCUGACCUCGCUCUUCGCCGCUGCGCCUCCAGGGGCUGCGAUUGUUCUUUGUGACGAAGCGCUGUGGCGGGAAUCGUCGGGUGACUGUCAUUUCGGUUCGGUUGGUGGCAACGGAGCCGGGAACUUGGCCGCAGUCACACACAACACGCUCCACGGGAACUACGAGCGGCCACGAACGCAGCCCAAACAAAGAGGUCUGUGCUAAUAGCAGCAGUGGAAGUGCGGGUUCGGCUAUCGGCCAUCGGCAGUGGCCGGCGUUAUCAGGCAGUAUCGGAAGAGGUCGCAUCCAAGCUCACUCGAAUCACCAUUAGCAAUCAGCACUGGCAGUCAUGAGCAACGCAGUGUCAGCCGCCCACGAGCCGACGAUCCACUACCUGGACAGUGUGAUUAGCGAGGAGGAAACGCGGUGCGAGUACGGCCACCAGUGGCGCAACUUCUCCAUCUCGCGAUCUGGACGCUUCCGGUCGAAGAAUAAGAAACGGGAUGCGGUCGACGGCAAGCUCUUUGACGCAGGAUCUCCGAAGGACAUUGAAAAGGUCUCAAGUUGCAACUCGACUAAAACCGCCGGCCCUUCUACGACAGGAUUGAUGACGACCGCAGGUACUCAGGCAAGAAGCCAUAGGGUCCAAGUGGAAAGCUAUAAGAGUUUUUACGAAACGAAUUUAUAGGCUACUACUACUACUAUGUAUUCUCCUUAUAAUGUACACAUACCCAUUUAUCAUGAUUAUGUAUAUAACUUAGCAUGACGCUUUAUUUUAUCAAAUUGAGAGGACAAGAAAGAGAGGGAAGCGGAAAGACAUACAUAAAUAGGACAUUCGCACAGCGAUUGACUACGAAGCGCUGGGAAGACAAGUUCACUUGACGGCUCUUGAUUCAACUUGAUUUAAUGUUAAGUGAGGCAUAUUUAGCACAAGACCCUUUUCUUGCUUAGAUCAAUUGUACUUAAGUCAUAAUAGUAUAUACUGUACAUUAGCUUGCUUACAUUGGUAAAGUAUUAAAACGUGAUAAUUGCACUAAUUAGUAUGCAUAUUUUAAGUUCGUAGCUAUGAAUCUUACGUCUUAUUGUAGUGAUAAUGAUUAUAUAUAAAUCAGACCAAUAAAGAACCAGGUUCGAUUUAAAA